AUGACGGUCAUGCAGAUUUGUUCCGCGACCGGCUGUGAUGUGAUAGGACUUCAGGAGACCCGACGAGCGGGGCAAGGUUCAAUUGCACACGACGGGUACGUGAUCAUCUGGAGUGGCGCCCGUGCUGGCACCAAGGACAAGAGGGGCGUACACGGUGUGGGCAUAGCGAUCAAGGAGGCCAUGUGGGAGAGUGUGGGCGAGGAAGGUAGGACGGUGGAGUGCAUUAGCCCGAGGCUGAUGAAGGUGCGUCUACAAAUUGGCCGCACCUGCGGAGUAACUUUCGUGGUGGGGUACGCCCCCUCGGAAACUGUCCGCACCACCGCGGGCGGUGAUGUUAACGCCAAGGACUCCUUCUGGACUGCUCUCGACGCAGCGAUCCGGGAGGUUCACAGCCGUGACCAUCUCGUGGUGCUAAUGGACGCCAACGCACGCACUGGUAGGAGGCGAGACUGGUGCUGCGAUGCCAAGAUAAUGGGCGCGUGCGCACGAGGGCAGAGAGGCUGGUAUACGAGCGAAGCGCAGCAAGAGAUCUCCGAAGCGGCUAAGGAGAUCAAGGCGGCCCAGCGGCAACUGCGUGGGGCCUCAAAGAACAGCGCCUUCGAGGCGACCCUGAAGGCGAUGCUCAAGGCGGCGCGGAAGAAGCGCAGCAUCGCGAGGUGGAGAGCACUGGAAACGUUCUUCGAGGGCUAUGUACGGCAGCUCGAGAAGAAGAGCCGAGAGGGGGAUCAGGCGGGUUUCUACAGGCACCUGAAGAUGAUCGACGUCAAAGGUAAGAGGUCGUUCACCUCUCAGAACAUCAAGUACGAGGACGGCAAGGUCCUUUGGGAUCCCACGUUUAUUCGCCAACGGUGGGCACGGUGGUUCCACAAGCUUCUCAACACCAAGUCGCCGACCAUCGACCUGCAUGCGGCUGACAAGGUCAAGCGGUGGCCCACGUGCGUGCCACUCGACGACAUCCCAUCUCUACUUGAGGUUGAGGAAGCGGUACGGGGAAUGGCCAACAGAAAGGCCGUCGGGCCGGACGACCUACCGGCUGAGCUGAUCAAGCUUUUCCUGGACGGAGAUCAAGGUCUCCUCCGCGAAUUCCACGCCAUUGUCGUGGACGUGUGGCAGACUGGGGACGUACCACAGCAGUGGAAGGAUACCACCAUCAAAGUGCUGUUCAAGAAGGGGGACACGAUGGAGUGCGGCAACUACCGGGGCAUCUCUCUCGUCGCACACGCCGGCAAGGUGAUGCUUAAGGUCGUCGCUACACGACUGAGCCACUACUGCGAGCGAGAGGGCAUCCUCCCGGAGGAGCAGAGCGGUUUCCGCCCACACCGGUCGACGCUCGACAUGCUGUUCGCCAUCCAGCGGCUCCAUGAGCUCGCGAGGAAGAAGAGUACUGCGGUGUUCGCGUGCUUCGUCGACCUCACCAAGGCAUACGAUUCGGUAGACCGAGACCUACUGUGGGACGUGCUCCGACGCUUCGGCGUGCCCCCGAAGAUGCUGGCGGUCAUUCGCCACUUCCACGAGGGCAUGAGGGCGCGCGUCCGAACGGACGACGGGCAGUACUCGGAAUGGUUCGACGUGGGCCAAGGCCUCCGACAGGGAUGCAACCUGGCCCCGCUGCUGUUCAACUUGUUCUUUGCCGCGAUGCUCAUGGUCGCCGUGGCCGAGUUCGACAAGGACCCCAAGGUGACGGCGGACAUGGUCAAGAUCGGGACACAAGUGGAGUACACGGGCAAGAAGGGCAGGUCGGCGGGGAGGAAGACGACGGUGGUGACGGACGCGGAGGCCUUGUAGGCCAUGCUCUACGCUGACGACGCGGCC